GUACGUCGUACGCCUUAACGUCAAAACUGGGCGGGACGCCGGACGGUGAGGCGGCUGAACAGCAGUCGGAGGAGGUGUAUCGCUUGCUGAACGUUUGUGUCAGCCCAACAGUUUGCUAUCACCCUUGUUUACCUGUGGGCCUGAUGUAGCAGGUUGUCAUCUCCUCUGCAAUGAAGUAAAUCUGCUCCAGCGACGUGAUUAUGGACUGAAGGUAUUCCACAAGACUGAGUCACACCCGGCUGACAGUAGAGCUGAUGACCAGCAUGGCUACUUGUCCCUGAAUAAAAGCUGCAUGCUCCCUCUCUGGAUUCAUCCCUCUGACUGCCACUGAGCUGAUCCAACCCUCCAUCAGACAGUCCCAUCUCCAUCUCGCUCCGUCUCUCUGUGUCUCUUACAUUCCUCUCUGCUGUGCUCUGCUGCUAUCUUGCUUUUUCUCCCUCACUCAUUGUCCUGGUAUAACCCUCUGCAUGUAUAGAGAAAAGUAUUAGCAGAAUGAAUAGGACUUUUUUUCCCUGCUGUUCAUGAGAGGUCAACAGGGCCAUAUGCAGCAGGGGGAGGAUUGUCAAAGUGAGGUAGUGGGUGUGGGCCCCAGUUCAGGUCCUGGAACUAGAAGAGAGUCAGCAGGGUCACAAGGCCCAGGGCUGAAGAGGGCCUCAUCCCAGUCAGAGCACCCCUCCUUCAGUAAGAUGAGCCAAAACGCCAGGGAGAGCAUGGGGGUCCUUGGCCAGGGACUGAAACAGCUGUUCCAGCAGCAGCGCAAACGCUUCUCCCUUUUUCGCUCAGGCAUCCCCUCCUCAUCUUCCUCCUCAUCUUCCUCUGUAAUGUCGGCAGGUGGCACCUCCACCUCCGCCCCUGAGGAUGCGUUGGGGCCCAGCUGUCUUGAAUCUGACCACUUCUCUGCUGCUGUGGUUCCCUCUGCAGCUGGGCAGGGCUCAGUCGCUGCAGGCACAAUGAGGCGUGGGACCAGCCUCCAGAGCCGGCGCAGUAAGGGGUCCGGUUCUGGCAGUGGAGACCGUGAUCCUCUCCUGAGGGGUAGCCCCCAGGCCCCACACCGCCGCAACACUCACGAUCCACAGCAGCACACCAGUCGUCCACGGUCCUCUUCCACCACUGACACCACACCCAGCAGUCCCACCCCUGGAUACGCUGGCGGUGAUGUGGUGCUGUCAUCAGGGUAUCAGUCCACAGAGGAGACAGAUCGGAUUGACCGCCUGGAGGUGAGCGGGCUGGGCCAAACACCCCUUGCUGUUUCAUGUGGUGCGGACAGUUCGCUCCCAGGAGGUGAGGAUGGCACCCCAGACCCUCAGCGAACUAAGCAGGCAAUCGCCCAGCUACAACAGAAAAUCCUCAAGCUUACCGAGCAGAUUAAGAUCGAGCAGACAGCCAGAGAUGACAACGUCGCCGAGUACCUCAAGCUGGCUAAUAAUGCUGACAAACAGCAAAGCACACGCAUCAAACAGGUUUUUGAGAAAAAGAACCAGAAGUCGGCGCAGACCAUCCAGCAACUGCAAAGGAAACUGGAACACUACCACAGGAAGUUGCGGGAAGUGGAGCACAACGGCAUCCCACGGCAGCCCAAGGAUGUUCUGCGGGACAUGCAGCAGGGCUUGAAGGAUGUUGGGGCCAAAGUCACAGGCUUCAGUGAAGGCGUGGUUGACAGCGUAAAGGGGGGCCUCUCCAGCUUCUCCCAGGCUACGCACUCUGCCGCCGGCGCCGUCGUAUCCAAACCCCGGGAGAUUGCCUCGCUGAUUCGCAACAAAUUUGGCAGCGCUGACAACAUCCCCUCACUCAAAGACUCUCUGGACGACCCCUCUGUAGAAGAAGGUGUAACAGGGGCUGGCGUACGUUCGCUGGGCAGUGCUGGGCAUCACCUUCAGCCCAGUCCCAAGUAUGGCAGCGAGGAUGACUGUUCCAGUGCUACGUCAGGCUCAGCGGGGGCCAACAGCACCACGGGGGCCCCUGGAGGUCCCCCUAGUUCGAAGGGCAACACACUGGAGAGGAGCCAGAGCUCCAGCCUCGACAUGCUGCUGCAGGAGGUGCAGGAGUUAAGGGAGGGCCAGGCAAGGCUAGAGGAGAGCCUUGAUGGCUUGAAGAGCCACUAUCAGAGAGACUACACUGUUGUUAUGCAAGCACUGCAGGAGGAACGCUUCAGGUGUGAGCGUCUGGAGGAGCAGCUGAACGACCUGACUGAACUUCACCAGAAUGAGAUCCUCAACCUCAAACAGGAGCUGGCCAGCAUGGAGGAGAAGAUCGCCUACCAGUCCUAUGAGAGAGCCAGAGACACUCAGGAAGCGUUGGAGGCGUGUCAGACCAGGAUCUCUAAGAUGGAGCUCCAGCAGCAGCAACAGCAGGUGGUCCAGUUGGAGGGGCUGGAAAAUGCCACAGCCCGGACCCUCCUGGGAAAACUGAUCAAUGUGCUGCUGGCCCUUAUGGCUGUCCUUCUGGUCUUUGUCUCAACUGUGGCCAACUGCGUGGUUCCCCUGAUGAAGACACGCUCGCGCUCGCUCUCCACCCUCCUCCUCGUCCUCCUGCUGGCCUUCUUGUGGAGAAACUGGGACGCACUCUCGGGGUACACACACCGCGCUCUGCAGCCUCCAGGAUGACCAGUUUGAAGCCAGCACGUGUUGUUUUGUUGACAGCAGGCAAUGUAACUGUAGCUGCAACCAGGCAGGAUGUAUGAAGAAUGUGAUUGCCGUUAGCAUGGCUGCAUAGCCGGGUGCUGAAAACUCAGCUGAGCACAUUCGAACGUGGCCUGGAAUCGUCAAGGACAGGAAGAAAAAGAGCAAAGUUGAAAACAGUCAUGAUUGUCAUUUAGAAAGAACAAGACUGUUUACACUUUUGAAACUGAACUGUUGUGUUGCUAUCCCUCACAGAACACAACAUCGUACUGUUUUUAAUCUUUAGGGUUUAAUCGAUUAUAAUGUAUUAUUUCUAAUAAUAUUAUUUUUUAUUUUAAACGUUAUUUUAUUCAGUACCAUGUAGCAUUACACUCCUCGCGCUCUACAUAAUGGGGAGUUUAGUCAGGAGACAGGCCAGAGUCCAGAAGGCCCAGUCUAAUGGUAGAGUAAUGCAAAUGUCAUAAUGCGGUUGACUGCCUUUAGGAAGAAAACAUGCAUACACAUAGCUGUGAUUGGUAGAUUUGAACCAUGGCUGAAAACCUUCCUCCAGUUUCUAUUUGCUGUGAUGAAAUUUAUUUCGGAUGGAACAUUUUGAAGGACUGACCAUGGCCUUUGAGUGUCAUGAUGAGUAGAGACUUUUUGUGCUUCCUUACCAUUUCUAAUAGAGACGAUCACAUGCGUUUACUUAUUUCUUUUUUUCAGUCAAACAAAAAAAAAAAAAAAGAAAGAAACUGUUAAAUAUUGAAGAUUACGAAUGAAACAUGAAGACAGAAUGGGCCAGCUUUAGAGGGGAAAGCUUCAGUGGGUGGCUCACCAUAUAAACAGACCAUAAACCCGCAGAGAACAUCUGGUUAUUGUUAAGCAUCUGUCAUAUGUGCGACAUGUAAACAAUGCUGCAUGUUUUCAUUAAGGAAAUUACAUAAGAAUCAGCUUUGCUUUGAACAGAAAUGACAAAAGGCCACUGUCCAAGUAAAAUCAAUUUGCCACGAUAAUUGCCUCCCCCUGCCAUAUUUGAUGAGAUCAGGUUAGGAAAGAGAGACCAUUGGUGCUUAUCCAGCUCCAUCUCAGUUGGAACAGGAAUGCUGCUGCUUCAUAUCUACAGUGCAAGUCGUCUCCACUGCCGUGCCAGUCAGAUGCACACUGCCCGUAUGUGCUACUCUACUUUCCAUCAGACUUUCUCCCCUCGUAUUCUCUCUGUAGCCCUCCUUUUUCUUAUGGUGUCAUCACCUAGUGCCAAACUUUAGUCUACCUAAGGGAUGCCUGAUCACCAAACUGAGUGGAAGUAAAGGGGAGGUUGCUCACUUGGUCUUGUUUCUGUUCAGAAAUGUGUUGCGUGAAUGUCAAGGGUGUAUCUUUUCUUGGAGACUUGGGAAAAUCUAUUAGAGAAUUCACAACACUGAACUUCUGUACUUUCAGUCCCUGAGCACGGGUCCUUGGCUCAGUCUUUCUUUCUUUCUUUUUCAUCUAGUUAAGGACGCGACAAGAUGACCCAGCACAUUAGUUCAUAUUAUUUUGCAUUUGAAGUAGAGACGCUGAUUUCCUAACAGAUAGUGAGCUCAUCUGAACUGUACAGCUGCACUUUAGCACAUGGGUAGAUAACAUAUAGGUCAGGCUGAGGCUUGAGAAACCUUCGAUAGAGACUUCAAAGGUUGUCACACUUGUCCUCAGUGUGAUAAGAAGAGUUGACUCAGGUCAGGAUCACUGUCAUCCCCGUCUAAAGCUCAAACCCACGGAGAGGAAUUUAGUUCAUUUCUUGUCAAAACGUCGAUAAACUUGAUUCCUCUCAAGCCUAACAUGCAAUUUAAAAUGGCAGUGAGUAGGUUUGGUUAUCUAUUUCGAUUUUGCCAUCAUGGGUGCAGCAGACAAUUGAAGAAUGAGCUGACCUUUGACCUUUUCUUGACCUUGAAGUAACACCUAUGAUGUAGGGUUGUGUGUUAAACCACUCCAGUGCCUUCUGAUGUCCUUUUCUAAGUGUGGAAUAAAUAAAGUGUAUUCCUGACUUA